CCGCCUGCAGCCGCAGUGACAGGCGAGCCGGGCCCGGUGGCGGAGAGGAAGUGCGGGGCCGCCGCGCCGAGCCUGUCCCCGCCGAGGCCGGCUCCCCCGGGCGGCUCGGGUGACAGUGUCGCGGCCGCCGGGCGCAGGGCGGGGCACGCGCCGGGCAGAGCCGAGCGCCAGGCGGACGCUUCAGCAGAGACGUGGGGAAAAUGGCUGAUGACUUUGGCUUCUUCUCGUCGACGGAGAGCGGGGCCCCCGAGGCGGCCGAGGAGGACCCGGCGGCUGCCUUCCUGGCCCAGCAGGAGAGUGAAAUCGCGGGCAUAGAGAAUGAUGAGGGCUUCGGGGCACCUGCUGGCAGCCAGGCGGCCCUCACGCAGCCGGGACCCGCGAGUGGGGCGGGUUCUGAGGACAUGGGGACCACAGUCAAUGGAGAUGUGUAUCAGGAGGCUAACGGUCCAGCUGAUGGCUACGCUGCAAUUGCCCAGGUUGACAGGCUGACGCAGGAACCCGAGAGCAUCCGCAAAUGGAGAGAGGAGCAGCGGAAACGGCUGCAAGAGCUGGAUGCCGCCUCCAAAGUGAUGGAACAGGAGUGGCGGGAGAAGGCCAAGAAGGACCUGGAGGAAUGGAACCAGCGCCAGAGUGAACAAGUUGAGAAGAACAAGAUCAACAACCGGGCAUCUGAGGAGGCUUUUGUGAAGGAAUCCAAGGAGGAGGCCCCAGGCACAGAGUGGGAGAAGGUGGCCCAGCUGUGUGACUUCAACCCCAAGAGCAGCAAGCAGUGCAAAGACGUGUCCCGCCUGCGCUCGGUGCUCAUGUCCCUGAAGCAGACGCCGCUGUCCCGCUAGGAGCCUGCCACCAACAUGGCCGCCAAACAGGGGCCGGGCCGGGCAGAGGAGGAGCAGCUGCUUCGGCCAGGGGGGAAAUGCCUCCAGCAGCUGCUACACAGCCUAUUCCGUUCCUCGCCAUCUCCCAGGGCUGGGAAGGGGAACCCUCACCCCUCUCAACUGUCAUUCCCUCACGGCCCCAUGGCCCAGCCCCUCACAUCUCCUCUCGGUCCACAAAAUUGUGACUGUCCCUCCUGAUGUAUUUUUUUUUCUUGGCUUAAAGGGUGUGUUGUUAA